AUGACUGCUCGUUGUAAAAAGCGGCGUAGCAAAAACAAAGCCAUCCGCCGGGUUAAAAACAAGGCGAAGGAGGUAAAGAAAUUGAAGAAAAUGCUCGGAUUCAUCGAAGAGGAUGCAACCGAGGGGAAUUUGAUGGACAAACUGAAGGAUAUUACCGAGCAGAAGAAAAAGGAACAGGAGCUGGAGUUGUUAAAGCAGGAAGCGCUGGAAGAGCUAAUCAAGGAGGAAACCAAGGAGAUAGUCAACCACGAGAAGUACGUUACGGUGGUUCACCCGAAGUCGAACGUCAAGCACGUGUACAACAUGAAAACAAAACGGGAUCAGUUUGGCCAGUAUCCGGUCUGGUAUAACGUGAAGAAAGCGCGCAAGAAGCAGUUGCUUCGCGAGGGUAAGGCUACCAAGCGCAAGCAGUUCCGUGGCAAACGUAUGCACUUUAUCGACCGGACGUGCAAUUGGAAGGCACUGCUUGGGAAAUAA